CGCGUUUGUCUUGGGAGGCCAUCAUCCGAGUGGCAUGCACGAAGAGAGAGAAAAAGAGGACCGACAGAAAGCAUCACAGCGUGGAUGGAGGAUCAUUGGCAGAGGAAUAGGCUUGAAAGAUAGUUAUUUAGUGCGGCAGAGGCUGAUAGAUUGGCAAGCGACAGACGAUCUCUUGUUGUCACUCUUAGCUUUCCAAUUGAAUUCGUCGUCAAACGGCAACAACCCAGAUUUCCCAUCUUCCAUUUUUUAUAAAGUAGCUGCGCGGAACGAUGGCCGACACGACACUCCAUGAUCUGUGUAAGGGGUUUGGGGCUCUCCUCAGUCGAAGCAAGCACCCCUCAUUUCCAGAAGAAGCAUCUCGGUUGAAUGAACGUGGCAAUCUCCCAUUGCAUGCUGCUUGUAGUUUCCAAGCCGGUGCCGAUGUCGUCGAAUCAUUGCUCAAGGCGUAUCCUGGUGGAGCAUCCCAACCAAACUCGGCGGGCAAUCUACCCAUUCAUCAAGCGGCCAUGUGGCAAGCACCCCUGGAAACUGUAGAACUACUUCUCAUGCGCUAUCCCGAAGGAGCUACCGUGCGGAAUCAAUAUGGAUCUCUUCCCUUGCACAUGGCCGCGUCCAAUCAAGCGACUCCAGAAGUCGUUCGACUAUUGAUUGAUAGCUAUCCCGAUGCCUUGCAUUUACAAAAUGAUGAUGGCAUGACACCCAUUGAAUUGGCUUUGGCAGAUGAAGGCGCCAAUGAGGCCGUCGUGGCCAUGCUGGAAGGACGUCCGCCUCCGCCGGAAAUGUCCCGUAGACAGCAGGCAGACAAGUUCGAAGCCAGGGCCAAGACGCUCGAAAUGAAAUUGGCAGGGAUGCAAGACACGGGUGGGCGACAAGAUACUGAUCUCAAACUAGCCCUGGCAGCCGUUCGUCGUUUGGCGGAUCGCUUCCCUCAUGCCCUCUAUGCGGCCGGGUUGGAUCCCAAUGAAUUGGAAAUUGCCUUUUCCAAUCACAUGGAGCAACAGGCUGCCACGGCGCUGACGGGGGCCAUGAAAAAUUCCGACAACAGCAAACAUGCGGAAUACAUUCUCUUGGAUGCCAUCAAGAAGCGAAACCUGGUCAUGGCUCCCAACACGACGGCGUCUCGCAUGUUGACGGAACAUGGAAGCCAAAGUCGAUCACUGGCCACGACCGGUGCCAAUGGAGCACCUCGAGAUCGCGUGGAAGAUUUAUUGUUUUCGAUUGUUAGCUUGGAGCAUGUCAAGAGUCAUGUCCGUGGGUUGCGCCGUACGGCCGAAAUUUGUGACUUGCGCGAAUCGCUGCUUCCCAUGGCUCGACCUGGACGUGUGGCUGCUACUCUGUCGCUGUUGCCUCCCGCUUUGGCAGAAGACAAUGGUCGUCCACGUGUAUCGCCCAUGGUGUUUGUUGGAAACCCGGGGUCUGGAAAGACGGCAGUAGCUCGUUUGUUGGCCAAGGUUUACCAUGAGUUGGGUCUGUUGCGAAAGCCGAAAUUCUUGGAAGUGGAACGUAUGGAUUUGGUGGCUCGUGACAAGGAAACCACCAUUAUCAAGACUCGUGAAGUCAUUGACGAAGCCCGAGGCGGUGUCCUCUUUAUUGACGAGGCUUACUCGCUGGGAAUGGCGAGCAAACGCAACAAGUUGGACUUUGCAACUCAUGCCAUUGGUGAGAUUGUACGAAGCAUGGAGGAAGCCUUUACCCCUCCGCAAGGCAAGAACAAAUCACAGGACACGACCCAUCCUCUGAUCAUUAUGGCCGGGUUUCCGCUGGAGAUGCAAUCAUUCUUGGCCUUUCAAGAUGAUUUGAGGAGAUGCUUUCCCAUGACGUUUGAGUUUCCAGAUUAUUCCUGUCUGGAGUUGGCUCGUAUCUUUAUGGACCUGGCAACCGCCAAAGGGUUUGAGUUGGAUCACACGCUUACAGAAAACGUCAUCGCGUCCCUGUUGGAAGAAGAAACCACUGUUGCAUGGCGUGGUGAACGCAAUGGUCGCGUGAGCGAACAGCUGCUGACUGGGGUCCGCACUGAAGUUCGAAAGCGCAUGCGACAGGCGCAAUUCGAGGAAAACGACAACUUUGACCCGCAGCUCAUCAUUAAGGCUGAUGUGGAGAAUGUCGUCCGAAGCGACUUCAAGUAGAAGUGACGAGAUGCCUCCAAGGAACUCUGGCUUGGCCUGAGACUGACUAGCUAGCUAGAGUCUCCUGUUCUGUUUAACCCUAUUAUUUAAGUGUUUGUGUUAUUGCUUUGACUGAAAUGCGUAGUGGCUUAUCGAACUUUUGUUCAACCAGACUCGAGCGAAGCAACUACCGUACUGGCAGCUACAGGAACUGACGUUAUGACUUGCUUCAGUCCAACACCGGGACCAAGGCAAGGAAGGACAAAAUCAACAGCAAAAUCUCCAUCCUUGUGGCCUAGCUAGCUACCGCUCACAAU